AUGGAAUCGUACACUAUAAACGCACAGGCUGGACCUUCCUCCCCUUCGUCAAGACUCACACUUGGUCCUGUCAUAUCGCCAACUACGAAAAUGAUCCCUCUGACUGAACAAGAGAUAGAUCUAGAUCACAAUGAAUCGACCCCUACCACUCCCAGACCUUACAACACUUCUUUACCUGUAACACCUCCCAGACCCGCUCGUUCCCCUCGUCGAUCUAUAGAUUCUUCCCAUCAUCGACCGUCCAUAUCAAGUGUUCACAGCGGUAUGAUCACUCAUGACUGGACGCCUCUUCGGAUACAGCCUUCACAUCGCAAACGCUCCUUAUCCCUUCGAUCGUCCAUCUCGUCCACACAUCCUGUUCCAGGCGACGAGAAUCGUUGCCGUGUCUCAUUCGACGCUACUCCUGUUCCACCUUCCAUCAGCGAAUUCUCAGUAAUAACCCAAACACCAACUUCUUCUCGGGUCUCACUUGGUCAGCCCACGCCAGCUCAAGAGGAGGCGGCGUUCGACGAUAGACGCAAGAACGUGAAGAAAGCUAGAUUUCUGGAGGCUCCAUUGAUGACUCGUUCAGAUCACGGUACUAGCUCAGAUACGGCGCAUACCCAUCGAUCAUAUAUUUCUGCUUUCACUGGUGAAGAUGAUCCAGACAUGUAUGCGGAGGAGUUCAGGGUACCUGUAGAUGAAGCGAUCAGAUCUGUUCCGGGUGUAGUAGGAUUGGGAGAAGGUUGGGCAGGUGGUCCUCAGAGUCGAGAGAAGAAGAAAUGGUUCCAGCGUCGUCAGACUGUCGAAGAAGACCCUCUGUCGUUGUGGAAAGGAAAUGAGCAGAAAACUACUUCGCCCAUUAGAGGCAUAUGGAGUAGAUCAAAAAAGAAUUUGUUCGGACAGUCUUCACCUGCUUUGUUGAGUGAACAACAGCAUGAUACUCAGCCAAUUCGAAGCUCAACUGUGCUAGGAAAGUUGUUCAACUUGAGUCGAUCGAAUCUCGCCUCACCCGAUUCUUCACAACAUGCUAAUCCAAUCAAGAGUAAAUCGAAACGAUUCAGUUUGGGUAUAUUUUCUUCCUCCGAAGUGACACUUCAACAAGAUCCUACCAUCGCCAUUCACCCAUCGCCAUCUAUGCCUGCUCUCUCCCUUACUGCACCUUCGGACCCCACCCCACAACGACAUAGGCAAAAACAAUACAGUCAAUCGUCCCUCGCUCGAUCUGAGGGUGAUCUGACGAUGCCGAGCCAGAUCCCUUCCAGAUCCUCAUCGUUGCGGAAACAAGGUUUACCACCACCUUGGAGACCUUCGUCGAUGAUAUUGAAUAACGGUGGCCAGCGGAACUCGAUGUUACUCGUACCUCCAGAACAAGAUGGGAAUGCAACUUCGGACUCAACUACCUCACUGGAGACUCCCGCUACUUGCUUGAGCUCCACUUCGUCCCUGUCCAGGGGUCAUGCCCUUACUAGAACAGCUACUUUCGGGUUAGAUGAUAUUGCUGCGGAACAGAGGAUUGAUGAAGAGAACAAUAUUUCAGAGGACGAAUCGGAUAACGAUUGGGAACAUGUCAGAAGGGAAAGUAGUACAUCGAAUGCCAAUGAAAUGAGGAAAGGCAAGGAUUUACCACGCAUACCCUCGCCACAGCGGAGACCAAGUUUGAAACAACGAAGAACGACCUGGUUGAAGAAGAUGAAGAAUGUCUUGACCUCCUCUAAUACUCAAGAUAGCUCUUCGACUUCGAUAGGUCAGACAGUUGAUCGGUUAUUGGCUAGACGGAAAUCGUCAAACCCCAGAAAUAGCACUGUAGAUCCCGACUCUUCUGUCAACUCGGCUGAGCCGACGAUGGAACCGCUGAAAACUUCCCCUCUUGCACCUAGACGUAAAGCAAGUAGGAUUAAACAUCGAAGAAACUCAUGGAUGAUUCGAUCUUCGUCUUCGUUGGCUAAGCGAUUGUCCAGAUUGACCGAACAUGAGGAAGGGGACACUGAGCAUGAGAAUGUGGGACAUGAUGAGGAGAUCGAUAUUGAAGAUGUUGAUCAUGCCAAUCGACUCGCUUCUCCACUCGGCUUUGCAUCGCUUGAGUCUUCCGAAGUCAGAAAAGAUAGGAGAAAGACCUCGAAGAAAAUGGAUUUGUCGGAAAGCAGGCGAUCAUCGAAUUUUUCUCUGUUAGCUAUGAAAUCACGACGAAGUAGCUGUGUGCACCCUCUAGAUGAGAUCGAUAGAUUCCCCGGAUCAAUCUCUAUGCCAGCUCUUUCCAAGUUGACUACGACUGAUUUGAACCUGAGAGUAAGUCUGGACGGUGAGGAACUGGGAUUAGAAGAUAUCCUGGAUGAAGAAAGAAGAGGAAGUAUCGUACAAUCCAUACGAUCCGGUACACCCAUCCCUUCAUUAACCCUGACUCCGAGAGAACAAGCAAUUGAGAAUACUCUGGAUACCUUAUCGAGGAAAUCGAAUAGCAUUAAAAUACAACGAUCGCCUUCGCCCAACCCUUCCUAUAGGUCCAAGAUGAAAGCAAGACAUGCUUCCUUACCCCUCAACACCACACAUAUAUCAGACAUCAAUAUGGAUGAGAGGCACACUGGUGGUAAAUCACAUAAGAGGACUACGACCUUAUCGACCAUGGAUAGUACACAUUCUACGAAUCUCAUCACGCCUAGACAUCCUAAUGAACUGGCCACUUUCCUGGAUGCUCUGACGCUCGUCAGUCCCAGUACUCCAGUAGAGGAAGAACCCAUUGUUCCGGAGAUUGAAGAAACCCUGGGUGGGCUGACUGUACCCGGUAACGAGAAGAGGAAUAGUAUCAACACUCAUAGGUAUUCCGGUGAGAGUUAUUUGACUCAACCAUCAUUGUACGAUACGGAUGAAGUUGUUCAAGGCCAUGCGAUCAGAGUGGAUUCCAUCGAGGAUAUGCAAAGACAAGCUAGCGUUGUCUCGUUGACGGAUAUAGGAAGGAGUUGGUCGACGGGUUUACGAAUGAGCAAAGCUUAG